UGUGCAGCUGCGAGCGGGGGCAGGGCCGGAUGGGCUGCGCUGCGCUGUGCUGAGCUGAGCAGGCCGCCCGCCCCUCGGACAACCCUCGUCCUCGUCUGCCUGACGCCGGAGCGGAGUCCCAGCACCUGGGGUCGCUGAGCGCAUCCGGGAGGAGGCUGAGCCCGCGGGCGGCCCUGGGCAAGGCAGGAGCUUGGCUCCCUCCUGGCCUCGCACCCAUCGCAGCUCGGGGGUGUGAACUUCAGGCUUGUCUGCAAAAGCCAACCCAGCCCUUCCUCAGGCAGAGCUCGCUGCCUCUGUCAGGCAGGGAGGUGUCCCGAGAAGGGAAGUUUCACCCUCGGGGUACAUACUUGAUGCCUUUUCAACAGUUGACUCAGACCUCAGUUUCCACAAGCCACGUGUCACUGAUACAAUCCCAAGGCCCACUGCAAACACAACAACGCUGCUAAUGUGGAGUGUCCACGUGAUGCUGCAGGCUGUCAUACGUAAAUCUAAAUCAUGUCAACUGGAGUAGUGCGCCCAGAUUUACAAAAUGGCAGAAUUGUUUAUGGAAUGUGAGGAGGAGGAGCUAGAACCAUGGCAAAGGAGAGUGAAAGAAGUUGAGGAAGAUGAUGAUGAUGAUGAUGAUGAGCCCAUCUUUGUUGGGGAGAUUUCAAGCUCCAAACCCACCAGUACAUAUAUAUUGAACAGAGUCAACCUGAGCUCAUCGCGAACGGGAAUGCAGAAUGGUGCACCCAGUAGAGGUACAGUUACUACAUUCAAGCCUGGUAGUCAACACUAUGCGACUCCUGCCUCCAGUCCUGGUACCGUGCCUGUUUCUUCAGUCUUUCAGUCUGUAUCAAGACCUACAACUAGCUCUGUGACAGGUCAACCGUUGUCUAGACCAAUGAAUGUUUCAGGAACCUCACAAACACUGCAGAGACCUGGGGCUGGAUGUUUGUCAACACAGCAGAUAUCUAGAUCAAGUUCUGGAAUAUCACAACCUGUUAGCAGACCUGUAACGAUUCCAGUAACAACACAGCCAGUAUCAAGAAAUACCACGAUUCCUGAAAUGACUCAGCCUGUACCUAGGCCAGUGGCUACAGUAACAACACAACCUGUAAUAUUAAAUCAGGGCUAUGUUAUGAGUUCUCCACAAGCUGUACCAAAUAAUACGCCUGGAAUAUUGUUUGGCUUGAGACAGAACUCAGGAACUCCACAGUAUCAGAGUGGAACAGAAAUAAAUAUAACAGGUCUGAAUGAGAGUGUUUUUGUAUCUAAGCGUCCUGCUGCUUCCGAAGGCAACAAUGUUACUCCAAAAAAGGCCAAGCCUAAUGAGGUUGGUGCUGGAAGCAAUUCAGCUGUAUCACCUUCAGUUAAAUCUCCAACAGUAACACCAUCUCAAAAUGUAUCUUCAAAAGAUACUAACACUACAUCAAGCAGUGUUAAAAAUGGUGCACCAUUUCCACGAGCUUGUCCACAGUGCAAUAUUCAUUUUAAUCUUAUGGAUCCUUUAAAAAACCACAUGAAGUAUUGCUGUCCAGAUAUGAUAAAUAAUUUCUUUCCGGGAAUUACCAAAACGGAAUGUUCACCAAGUAAGACUCCUGAAUCUGAGAAAGGAAAAUUGAUUAUGUUAGUUAAUGACUUUUAUUAUGGAAAACAUGAAGGUGAUGUCCAGCAGGUACAACAGGAACAGAAGACUCAUACAACUUUUAAGUGCUUCAGCUGUUUGAAAGUUCUUAAAAAUAACAUAAGGUUUAUGAACCACAUGAAACAUCACUUAGAGCUUGAGAAGCAGAGCAGUGAAAGUUGGGAAAGCCACACCACCUGUCAACACUGUUAUCGUCAGUUUCCCACACCCUUCCAGCUGCAGUGCCACAUUGAAAGUACACACACCCCUUACGAAUCUUCUACUAUUUGUAAAAUUUGUGAAUUAUCCUUUGAAACUGAGCAAGUUCUUUUGCAACAUAUGAAGGACAAUCAUAAGCCAGGUGAAAUGCCAUACGUUUGCCAGGUGUGCAAUUAUAGAUCCUCAGCUUUUUCAGAUGUAGAAACCCAUUUUAGAACUGUUCAUGAAAACACAAAACAUUUGCUGUGUCCAUUUUGUCUCAAAGUGAUAAAAAUUGGAGCUCCAUACAUGCAUCAUUAUAUGAAGCAUCAGAAAAAAGGAAUAUACCGUUGUACUAAGUGCAGACUGCAGUUUUUGACAUGCAAAGAGAAAAUGGAUCACAAGACUCAGCAUCAUCGGACAUUUAGAAAACCUAAGCAAUUAGAAGGAUUGCCUCCCGGAACUAAAGUUACUAUUCGAGCUUCUGUUGGACCUCUUCAGUCUGGAUCAUCUGCUACAUCUUCAGUUAGCACAAGCACUUCCACAUUUCAGUUGUCUCCUAAAACUAAAAAUACAAACACUAAAAAUCAUAACAAAUCUAAUUCAAAUAAAACAAAGUCAAAAUCAAAACCGUCAACUAUACCGAAGAAGCAAAACACAUGGACCAACAGUAGCAACACCAGCAAAAAAAAAAAUAAAGUUGCAAAUACAGCAUUGUAUAAUCUAAGGUAUCGUUUAGGAGUUCAUAAAUGCAUUGAGUGUUACUCAGAAAUAAAAGAUUUUGCAAGUCAUUUUCCAACUUACGUCCAUUGUAGCUUAUGCAGAUAUAAUACUAGCUGUAGCAAAGCCUAUGUGAAUCAUAUGAUGAGUUUUCACAGUGCUCGUCCAAGUAAAAGAUUUUGGAUCUAUAAAAAACAUUCAGAAGUGCUGAGGUAAUUCUUAUUUUCAGUUGCAU